GGCAGCCCGCAUGGUGUCCGUGGAUUACUGCAGAGAUUAACGAUUAUUUCAACCUAAUGAGUUUGUUACCACUGAAAUAAGCAUCAACUAUGUUUCGGUUACUCUGCUGCAGAGCAAGCAUCACGGCUCCGGUACGAUGCGGUAAAACAGCAAACACAUGGAAACUUUCACGGUGGUACACAUCUCCACGAUCUCCAGCAUGCAGCUCCUCACAGCAGCCUGGAAAUGCUGUCAGUCGUGUCUGGAGCCUCACUCAGAGAGCUGUCCGUCAGUCCUCCACCAGUACAUCCAAACCCCCAGGAGUGGCCCUGAAGUUCAUCCUGGGACCAGCGGUGCUCACUGUCUCUGCACGGCUGUUCUGCCAUGUAGCUCACUGCGAGGCAGAUGUGAAUAACAACACUCCAGUGGAAGCUGUUACCAAAAACACCGUGCCUGAGUUCAAAUGGCAUAUCCUGUGGGAAUUUGUCAAACCUCAGCUGUUUGCUCUCAUUGGCGCUGUUGUGCUUGCAUUUGGUGCAGCUAUCUUGAACAUUCAAAUCCCCUUGAUGCUCGGGGAUCUGGUGAAUGUUGUGGCACGUUACCUGAGAGAGCAGACGGGAAAUUAUUUCCAGGAGAUAAGAGGUCCUGCGCUAAAAUUACUUGGACUGUAUGGUAUCCAAGGCCUGCUGACGAGCGGCUACAUCAUCCUGCUUUCAAGGGUCGGGGAGAGAGUGGCAGCGGACAUGAGGAAGACGCUCUUUGCAUCUUUACUGAGGCAAGACGUGGCUUUCUUUGAUGCCAAUAAAACUGGGCAGCUUGUCAACCGUUUGACUGCCGACAUUCAGGAGUUCAAGUCAUCCUUUAAGUUGGUCAUCUCUCAGGGUCUGCGGAGUAUUACACAAACAGUUGGAUGUUUUGUCUCUCUCUAUGUCAUCUCCCCCAAACUCACAGGUUUGACAGUAGUUGUCCUGCCCUGUCUGGUGGGAGCGGGGGCUCUAAUGGGCUCGUUCCUCCGCAAACUAUCUCGUUUGGCUCAAGAACAGGUGGCAAAAGCAACAGGAGUGGCAGAUGAAGCACUUGGCAAUGUGCGUACAGUGAAAGCUUUUGCGAUGGAGGAGCGGGAACUCCAGUUAUAUGCAUAUGAAGUUGACAAAUCAUGUGACAUGAAUGAAAAUCUCGGUUCUGGAAUUGCAGUUUUCCAAGGACUGUCAAACAUCGCCCUGAACUGCAUUGUUCUGGGAACUAUUUUUGCUGGAGGGACUUUGAUUUCUAACAAUGAAAUGUCCCCUGGAGACCUCAUGUCUUUCCUGGUUGCUUCUCAGACUGUUCAGAGGUCAUUGGCGAGUAUCUCGAUCCUUUUUGGACAGAUGGUAAGAGGAUUAAGCUCUGGGGCCCGGGUGUUCGAAUACCUCGCUUUGGUGCCUAGCAUUCCUAUGUCUGGAGGAGGACGCAUCCCAUACAACUCUCUGACAGGAAGAGUGGAUUUUAUGAACAUUUCGUUCAGCUAUCCAACGAGGCCUGGCCAUCAGAUCUUGACAAAGCUCAACCUAACGCUGCCUCCUAGUAAAACUGUUGCCAUUGUGGGAGAAUCUGGAGGAGGAAAGUCCACCGUGGCGGCCUUGCUGGAGCGUUUUUACGACCCGACCAGUGGUGUAGUCAUGCUGGACGGACUUGACAUCCGAACACUAGAUCUGUCCUGGCUCAGGGGACAAGUCAUUGGAUUUAUUAAUCAGGAGCCAGUUUUGUUCGGAUCAUCUAUCAUGGAUAACAUCCGCUUUGGGAAGCCUGAAGCCACAGAUGCUGAGGUCAUUAACGCAGCCAAGCAAGCCAACGCUCACGGCUUCAUUACAGGUUUCCCAGACGGCUAUAACACUGUGGUUGGUGAGCGAGGUGUGACGUUAUCAGGUGGCCAGAAACAGCGUAUCGCUAUCGCCCGCGCCUUGAUCAAGAACCCCUGCAUCCUGAUCCUGGAUGAAGCCACCAGCGCUCUAGAUGCAGAAUCAGAGCGAGUGGUGCAGGAGGCUCUGGACAGGGCCACGCGUGGUCGCACUGUGCUUAUCAUCGCCCAUCGGCUGAGCACCAUUCAAGCAGCUGACCUCAUCUGCGUCAUGAGCAAUGGCCGCAUUGUGGAGGCCGGGACUCACUUGGAACUGCUGAGCAAAGGAGGACUUUAUUCUGAUCUGAUCCGCAGGCAAAGAGCCGAGGGGAAGAAAUGAACAUGCUAAAACUUGUUUACUGUAGAUCCACACUGAGUAAUGAAAUUUCAUUUGAAAUGAAAUUCACAGGAAAGGUUUGCCUCAAUGGAUAAAUUAUGUAAAAACAUGUAAUGUAAAUCUUCUAGGUCUGUCUAGUUUAAUGACAAACUCUUAAAUUUAUGUAUGUAAAUGAGUAAGCGGACCAACUGGAUCAGCCUGUGAUGAUUAAAAACUACACCCCUGUACAGUAUUUAAAUUAAAGCUGAGGUAUGCAGUUUUUGGAAAGCGUAAGAAAACGGCAGAGUUUGAAGAUGUGCCCUCCUCCUGCAGCUCUCCUCUCCCUGUCCUUAGCCCCUCCCACCACACAAAUAUGGGCAUAAGGAUGCGCUUCAUAAUUAAUUAAUCAAUUAAUUAUUUCAUUUUAGAGUUCUCUAUCUGUUUAAGACCAAAAAUGAGACAAGAAUGAGCCAUCUACCUCACCCACUGUGUCGCUCCCCAUCACUGUGGACUGCUUCGCUAGGGGGUGAUGCAGCAGCUCCAGGGACGGAAAUUUGGUCGGCAGCUGUAGCAACUCAAAGUCUCAGGGGUCACAGUGGGGCAGUGGCCAGUGACAGCACCAGGUCCAUCCUGUGUAACAGCAGCAACAGAGUCUGGGCAUCAGAAAAGUGUGGUCCCCUGGCCCCCCCGCUGGUUCCAGUUGCUGCAGCCAGCGAGAUCAUCUGUAGUGGCAGGAGGGAGGCAGAGGACACACUGUUAUUCCAGGCUCUAGCUAGUUAUUAUUGGUGUGCGGGGUAAAGGUUUUUAACUUCUGCUAUCACCAAAACAGCAAAACAUCAACACCAAAACAUAUGCGUUAAUCAACAACCUGAACCUGACCCAAACUUUAUGCAUUAUAGUAGCACAAUUGUCAGAACUGAGACAGGGACAGAGACAAAGACUGAGCGCAGUGGCGCUGACGAUAAAGGUGCUUUUGUGUGUGUUUAAGAGAGAGAGAGAAACUGGUUGGGGAAGAAAAAAUUGAAUAUUACAUGCAAUGUUUCUGUGAGUUAUCAAUAACUCAGUCUGAAUGCUGUUUUGCCACUUAUUGACCCACCCACACAUUUUCUAGUAGGCUUACCUGAACCCACAUGACUCUCAGGUUGUGGGUCAACCCAUGCGUCACCACUGGCUACAUAAACAUGGAGCACAUUUAGCCUUUGGCAAAGGCUAGACUAUUUACAUUUUCUCUCCAUCUCUGAAACACUUUGCUGAUACUGACACAAGCUGUAUUUUGUUAUUUUCUUUUUUCAAAGUCUGUCUUCCUUUUUUGGGGGUUGCUUUGCAAUGUAUGCAGUUGUUGCCGAUGCUGAAAUAUCAACUUUUUCUGCAGGAUGUUCUGCUAUCAUAUCAAGGUUUCACCAAAACAUUAAGGCAUGCGCAUGUUUUUGUAGAACAGCCAAUAGGAACGUCCUCUCUCUGACAUGACGUGAUUGACCUAAGUCUUCAGUCACUGGCUAAAUUUUCCAAAGCCUGAAAACUAAGCCAAGAGGAGCUGCAGAAGUCGUGAAUUACAUUUGAAUCACAUCACAGUAACAUAGAACUGCCUACCCCAGCUCUAAAUGUGAAUUUCAUGACACUACUUUCCAUUAUCCUGUAUAGAAUGAUCAGUUAUAUUGUGAUAGAAAAAAUAAAUGG